UCCCAUCGACACAUAAACCUCUCAACACUGCAUUGUAGAAAUAAAGAAAGAAAAAAAAAAAGGUCGGAGAAACCAAAGAAAACACAAAAACAAAAGUAAUGGGAAGUGAAGGAGGAGAAAAGAAGGCUUUAGGAUGGGCUGCAAGAGACCCUUCUGGUGUUCUUGCUCCUUACUCCUACACUUUAAGGAGCACAGGGCCAGAUGAUGUGUAUAUAAAGGUUAUUUGUUGUGGAAUAUGCCAUACUGAUAUUCACCAGAUUAAAAAUGAUCUUGGAAUGUCCAAUUAUCCUAUGGUUCCUGGGCACGAGGUGGUAGGUGAGGUGAUGGAAGUGGGAUCAGAUGUGAGCAAGUUCGCGGUAGGAGAUGUAGUCGGAGUCGGCGUGAUCGUUGGAUGCUGCGGAAGCUGCAAGCCUUGCAGCUCAGAACUUGAGCAGUACUGUAACAAGAGAAUCUGGAGUUAUAACGAUGUCUACACCGACGGAAAACCCACACAAGGUGGCUUUGCUGACGCCAUGAUCGUCAAUCAAAAGUUUGUUGUGAAGAUCCCCGAAGGAAUGGCGGUGGAGCAGGCAGCGCCGCUGCUCUGUGCGGGAGUAACGGUUUACAGUCCGUUGAGCCACUUUGGUCUCAUGGCAAGUGGGCUGAAAGGAGGGAUUCUAGGGUUAGGUGGAGUAGGGCACGUGGGUGUGAAGAUAGCAAAAGCAAUGGGACAUCAUGUGACUGUGAUAAGCUCGUCAAAUAAGAAAAAAGAAGAAGCAAUGGAACAUUUAGGUGCUGACGACUAUGUAGUAAGCUCUGAUCUAGCAGAGAUGCAAAGACUCGCAGAUUCUCUUGACUACAUCAUCGACACAGUACCUGUGUUUCACCCUCUCGAGCCUUACUUAGCUUGUCUUAAACUCGACGGGAAACUGAUCCUCAUGGGUGUUAUCAACACUCCUCUCCAGUUCUUGACUCCUCUCGUCAUUCUCGGGAGGAAAGUGAUAUCGGGAAGCUUCAUUGGGAGCAUUAAAGAGACAGAGGAAGUGUUGGCUUUCUGCAAAGAGAAAGGGCUCACGUCGACGAUCGAAGUGGUGAAGAUGGAUGAGCUUAACACUGCGUUUGAGAGGCUUCACAAGAACGAUGUGCGUUACAGGUUCGUGGUUGAUGUCGCAGGAAGUAACCUCGUGGAGGUGGCUGCAACGAACUAAAAUACUGUAACGGGCCUAUUUAUGAAAGAUAGGUCCAACGAAUGUUUGUUUAAUUGUCUUUUUAAAAUGGUUCAGAAUCGAAUGCUUCUGUCAUUUUGUGUCAUUGCUUUGUUUAAAUACAUUGGUUUGUCACAAAAGAAAAAAAACACAAAAGAGCAUAUAAAUGUUUUUUCUUGGUUAUGAA